UAUUUAAGAAUACCAAAUCUUGACUACAGUCUUCUAACGGUCUUUGUUAAGUGAAGUUCAUUAUGAGAAUUGCUAUUGGAUUAUUACUGAUAGCUUUGCUAUCUGUAUCCGCAGAAGAACCUUUACGAUUUGAUAAUUAUAAAGUGUAUAAAUUGUUUAUUAACGAAGAUGGACAAUAUCAAAGUCUUAAAAAUAUUGAAAAAACCUUUAAAUUAAACUUUUGGAAAGAAAUUCGUUCGCUUGGCGAAGAUUGCGAUGUUAUGGUUCCACCAGAAAAAGUUCUUGAUUUUGAAAAAUUUCUUCAAAAAUCUUCAAUUGGAUACAAUUUAACAAUUAACAAUGUCCAAGAAUUAAUCGAUAAUGAAAGACCAAAAGCUCGAUCAGCAGGUAUGGAAUGGACUGACUACCACUCUCUCGAAGAAAUCCACGCCUGGGUAGAAAGCCUUGCUCAACGUUUUCCAAAACAAGUCAGUUUAUUCUCAAUUGGAAAAUCCUUCGAGGGUCGUAAUAUCAAGGGUCUUAAAAUUUCCUACAAACCAGGCAACAAGGCUGUCUUCAUUGAAGCCAAUAUUCAUGCUCGAGAAUGGAUUACAUCAGCAGUUAUAACUUAUAUCAUUGAUGAACUUUUAGUCUCAAGACAUCCAGCUGUUCGAGAUAUUGCUGAAAAUAUUGAUUGGUAUAUUAUUCCGGUUUUGAAUGUCGAUGGUUUCGUCUAUUCCCAUGAAGUUGACCGCAUGUGGCGUAAGAGUCGUCAGGGCCAUGGUAACAAAUGCAUUGGAACUGAUAUGAACCGUAAUUUCGGGUUCUUGUGGAUGAGUGCUGGAGCUUCAAAUGAUUCAUGUUCGGAGACCUACGCUGGACCGUUUGCCCAAUCGGAACCGGAAAUUAACCAACUUGUCGAUUAUGUUCAAGCUUUGCCUGAUGAUUAUAUCAAAAUUUAUAUUUCUCUGCAUUCUUAUGGACAGUACGUUCUGUCCCCCUGGGGUCACACUGAGGAACUACCUCCAGAUUAUGACGCUAUGAUGCAUGUCGCUAAAGGCUACGCUGAUUCCCUGAAACGACGAUAUGGAACAGUUUUUACCUAUGGCUCCAGUGCUUUAACCUUGUACAAAGUUUCAGGAUCUGGUAAAGAAUGGGCCUACGCAGUUAAGGGUAUUCCAAUUCCCUACACAAUUGAGCUUCGUGACAAGGGAACUUAUGGAUUUAUUCUUCCUCCAGAGCAGAUUCUUCCAACUGCCAAGGAAGUUCUUGAAGGUUUUAUUGGAAUGAUUCAUGCAGCAAGAGAGAUUAACAUAGUUUAGAAAAUAAAACCCAGUUUUUUUAAACGUUUUUUUUUUCGAAAGAU